AUGCUGUGUGACGGGACCCCCAACUGCCAGGGACGCCUCCGACGGAGCAUCGACAACUGUGGUUCGACGGUCACUCCUCCGUGUCGCGGAGCUUCUCCUGUGGUCAGUUGGACCUGUGUGAACAUUGACGCAGAAGCUGCAGGUGUGACCUGUGACCUCGUUCUCCGGUGUUGUAAUGGAGUGGCAGACGUCCGGCUGCUCCCACACCACCAGCUGAUGAAGAAGCCUGUAGAAGUGGGGGCCCCUGGGGGCCGUGGAUCACCUGCAGAUGUGUUCCUGUGGCUCAGGCUCCAUGAGGAUGGCAGCGCUCCGUCCUUCUGGGGACUGCUGUCGAGGUGCAGGGGCCAGAGUUCCAGAGACAGCAGUGUUUCAACACAGCUGUCCAAGUGGAUGGCAGGUGGUUGCGUGUGGGCACCUGGUCCAACUGCUCCGGUGGUUUGUGGUGGGGUGAAGGUGCGACGCACGAGGGCUGCGCCCCCCAUUCAGUGGAGAGCAGAGUCUGUCCCCAGCUGCGGGCUCCGUCCCCCUCGUAUACGGAAAUCACGCGUGCCCCGGAGAGGCCUGCUCAACAGCAGCUGCCCCGAAGGCCUAGUCAGACACCAGCUGUGCGACCUGCCCCUUGACCGAACCCAUGUCAGGCUGGUGAGUGUCCGGAGGGCGGGUCUUGAGCCACACCCUGCAGUUGCGUCCGGCCAGAGGAGUGUGAGUGCGAGGAGGCUGGCGAGCUCUACCGCCCCGGGCCAGACAUUAAGAGGAGUUUUGAACUGUGUGUGUGUGAGAGAGGCCGAGUCCAGAGCUGCUGAGCCCAAUCCCCAACUGCAUAGUGCAGUACCACCCAACUGCACCUUGGACCCUGUGCUGGUUCUCCCUGGUCCAGUGGGGGGAUGUCUGGGACCAUGUGGCGUCCAGAGCGUCCCAGUGGUCUUCCGCAGCCAAACAGCCCCUCUGUGCAGUGGGGUGGGGCGGGUUUUCUGUCGGGGCAUCUACGGACAGGCUCGCAGCAGUGUUGUGGCCGUGACCAGCGCUGGACAGAUUGGUUGUUGCGAGGUUUGUCCGCCUGGUGCUUUCGCAUUCCAACACAGCAUCUACCUGCGGCUGGAGCUGCUGGGCUGUGCAGACAGUACAUUCCACUCGGUCACAACCGGGGCCCUCCCCCUUCAGCACCAGCGGGGGGUGUGCGUGAGCGACAGUUCAGUGUCGAGGAUGGACGCUGUGUAUCGCCGGUCCCCAGGGGGCGCUGUGUGA